AUGGAGCUACCCCUCUCCCCUACUCCUACUCCCUCUACUCCUACAGUGUGUGCUUGUACCCCUACUCGUACUUCAAGCAACCCCCCCACACCGGUUCCAUGGUACAGUACUACCUUUGAGCCGACGAUUGGAUCCCUAGAGCAUACGCCGCUGGAUACUGAGCGUACGACAAAGGUUCCAAUUCUGUUGGAUUUCCUAGAACCCCGCGACCAAUCCGAGCACUCCCACCUACCGUACAGUGCGCCCGCACAUGCAAAAAAGAGAUCGGCAUACAAUAUUUCCUGUUUCGAUCGAACCGCUUCCAUCCUCCCUUACUCGAACUACACCCGUUCCAUAAAUCGAACAAUGGCUACGCAAGAAAGCACCCCUACUUCAAAGGAUGGCACCCCUCAGCCGAGAGAAGAAGAUGUCGCCAGGCACAAGAUAUCAACGCAAAACACCCAGUACGAUCAGAUCGGAAUGCGCUACAAUAGCAUGCAUGACCUACCGGCCGUGCAGCCUGAGAAGCCGUCAGUAGUGACAGUCUUGGGGGACGUGAAGGGGAAAAAGUGUCUUGACCUCGCCUGCGGCACAGGCCGCUACACCUCCCUCCUCUCCACCCUCGGCGCAACCACCGUCCACGGCUACGACAUCUCCACCUCCAUGAUCGCCGGCGCAACCUCCACAUACCCACCCUCCACGCACCCAACCCUCCAUUUCGCAGUCGCAGAUUGCAGCAAUCCCUCCACCCUCCCAAGUCCCCCCCAUUCCUUCGACAUCGUGUUCGCGGGCUGGUUCCUCAACUACGCAGGCACCGCCCGCGAACUGACAGAUAUGUUCCGCGUCAUCGCCUCGCAGCUCUGCGUCCGCUCUCCGCACUCCGAGAGCAAAGACGGACAUGGUCGUGGUGGGAGAUUUGUAGGUCUCACGACUAACGGCGGCGACCCGGACAUGAAGGCCCCGAAACAUGACUUCUACGGCAUCGAGGUUGUGGUGCUUGAUCCAGCUUAUCGCGAUCCGGAGACGGGUGUUGAAGUCGGGAUCAAAGCGCGGGUUGUCGCGAGGACCGAGCCAGAGGUCCGGUUCGAUGUGUUCCAGUUUACGAGGGAUGUUUAUCAGAGGUGUGCCGAGGAGGCGGGGUUGGUGGUUCGCUGGCGGGAUGUUGUGCUGCCGGAGGGUGAGGAAGAGAGGAAAGAGCAGGGGUAUUGGGAGAGGUUUCUGGAGCGGCCGACUUUUGAUGUGCUCGAGGCUUGGAGGGCGUGAUGGAUACAGUUUUUAGUAUCGGUGGCACGGGGACGAUAGUU